AUGAACAUUCAUAAUGGAGGAGUAUUAUGCUGGAGAUUUGUGACUAUUCAUAAAUUUGCUAGUCGAAAAUUCGCAACGAGCUCACUUCGCACACAUCCGCCUCAUGAGGAGAUGUCGGAAGGUUUAAGCUAUGAGGAGUUGGAAAAAUUUGGAGAUUACUUGAAAUCAAAUGGAUUUCAGAAAUUUGCGGCUAACAGUGACAUUAAAACUGCACACCUGAAUGAAAAUUCAUUCAAGUUUUCUGGUAUUACAUUAUCAUCCUUACUUUCUCAUACAUCCACAACUCUAUCAAAAACCCAACUUGAAAAUACAACAACCUUAAGGGAUAUAGCACGUUCAACUAAACGUAGGCCUGUUACAUAUUACAAAAUAAAGCACCAUCCCGAAAUAUCGUACAAAAACAUUGUUGGACAGCUUAGAGCGGCAUUACAAAAUCCUGACGAUAAUGUGAUCUACAAUUUAAUGAAAUAUUACGUUGAUGCAAUUCCUACAAUUUCAAAAGAAUUGGACCCUUCAGAUAUAUCAUUGAUUAUCAAGAGAUUAACGGGCUAUCAGCUCAAUAUUGUUAAAAGUUUUACCAUAGAGCAAAGUAAUUACUCGAGGCUAACAAACGAUUUUGAUAUGUACAGCCUUUUGAAGCUUAAAGGCCAAUCAUUUUUUAGAGUGAAAAGAAUUAUCUUAGCAUUUAUGCAGCAUACAUCUCUUACAAUUUAUGAUUAUGACUUGAUUGUUCGCUUUUUCAUGAAGAACUUAAGAUAUUUUGAUGCUAUAAACAUUCUUGCCGAUUUGGAAACCAAAAUUCUCCAAAAUAGGCAGGCACAUCUCACCAGAUAUCUAUGGUCCACAAAACUUCAAUUGUUAUGCAAUUCUGAAGAGCAGACAUGGCAACUUCAGCGUUACAAGCUGAAUAAAAAUCGAGCCCAAAAAAUACCCGAAGAUUAUCACUAUCCUUACUGCAAAAUAAUUAAUGGUCAACCUGAUAUGCGAACGAUAAUGUUGGAUUUGAAAAAAGAUAAUUUGAUUCCAAAUACGGAUCUUUGCCAGUCAAUAAUAUUGUCCAUAGGAAAGUUCGGAAAUACGAACAUGCUUGAAGAAUUUAUUGAGUAUAUGUGGAAGAUAGAUCCCACAGAUGAAAAGCCGAAGCCUGGUGCUCUGCUUCAUAAUGAUUCUGAGCUAUUUCCGACAUUUAAGUUGUUACGUUGUAUAAUGUUAGCGUAUGCAUACAACUCACAAAUAACCAGGGCAAUCUCAACCUGUAAUAAAUUCAUCGAAUUCUACAACUUGGACUUUUCGAGAUCGCAGGUAUACUUGGAAACAGUUUUAGAGUGUGUUGGUUUAUUAUCCAAGAAUGUUUUUAGAGAUUUGCAAACGGGAUUGUGGAGAAAUAAUGUAUCACGUGAUGAAUAUGAAGGGGCAGUAAUGCCGUUAGGGCAGUCGAUUUUUGAUACAAUAUGGAAACAAUGCAAAUCAGUUUCGAAAACAAAAAAGAUGUUCAAGCUUUGUCUUUCGUUUGCAUCUCUUCAAACGCUUUUAGAUAACGUGCCAGUGUUAUAUCAAAAUGCAUUAAGUUUAAAAUCUAAUGCUACCACCGCAGAAGCAACGUAUACGGAAGACCUUUUGAUGUCACAUUUAAACAAAUGUCGAAUACGACUCUCUCAAAAUCGGGAAUUCUAUCAAGCCGAGCAACUUAUAAAGACAUUUUCGGUUAAUGAAAAUAUGAAGGAAAUCUUACUCCAGAAGUUAAAACAAUAUCAAAGGAGAUACCUUAAUAGAUUAGGAAAAGAAGUUUCGAUUAGAAAGCAGCAACGUGUUGAUGACGAUGAUGAUGAAAUGCUUGGGUUGUGGUAA